AUGAUGCUCUUCGCAGUUUUCUCACGCUGGGCUUGUCAAAUAUAUCCGUUAGCAUGUAUUAGGAGAACUGGAGGUCUUCAAGCUGCAUUCAAGUCGACUAGAGCUUCCAGUCACCCCCCCCCCGCGCCAGAGCCCGUAUAUCAAGGAAACGGCGGCAUUGAAUUUUACUAUCACUACGAGCCCGGUGGACAUCAUCCCAUAGGCAUUGGAGAUGUUUUGCAGUCCCGAUAUCGAGUCGUUCACAAGUUGGGCUGGGGAGAUUCUUCGAUUGUGUGGCUUUGUCGAGAUGAGCAAUCCAGCAAGUAUGUGGCAGUCAAAGUCGCAAAGGGAGUGUCGAAUGCGCGAGAGGCCGAUAUUCUAGAUCGCCUCAAUGAUAUCGAUGCUUCCACUAUGGGUCACCUGGGAAGGAAUAUGAUACCCUCGGUUCAGGACAGAUUCAUACUCCAUGGAGUCAAUGGGACCCAUCCUUGCUAUGUGACGAGUCCUGCACGAUGCAGUGUAGUUGAUACGAUGGAACGGUCAUCGAGACCUAUUUUUCAACUUGAAACUGGUCGGUCACUUGCUGCGCAGCUGGCUCUGGUUGUUGAAUACAUACAUGCUAGAGGGUUUGUUCAUGGGGUCGACCUAUGUGAUGACGAAGAGCCACUUGGCUCCGAGGCCCCAAAACUUGCUACUCGUCCGGCUUGGCUCGGGAAAGACCCCGAGCAAUACUCCCCCUCAGAAGCCAGACUCCUCAUCACCGAUUUCGGGGAGACAUACUCACCCGGCAAUGAUCAGAUAAUUGCCAAAGAAGUCGACAUCCUGGGCAAACCGCCCCAAAACUGGUGGGAGAAAUGGGAAGCAAGACACCAGUUCUUCACCGAGACAGGUGAGCGACUAAGCUCUAAAUGGCAACAUCCGAGUUGGGAAAGCCAUUUUGAAGAGGAUAUCCAGCGAUCACGGCGCGAAGCUUGGAUGCCAGAGCUCGAUGUGGAGGAGAGAGACGCGCUUACGGAGUUGUUUCAAUGUAUGUUAUGUUGGGAGCCUGAAAAGCGGUUGACUAUACAGGGUGUAUUGGAUAGUAGGCUGGUCCUAGGGACUGUCCUUGCUGAAAAUCUCACUUCUUAUAUGUAG